CAACUUUCCUCUCUCUCCCCCAUUGUGUGUUUGAAGUUAGGUAGUCAUACAACUUUUACAUACCCAACUCUCUUUACUCUCCCAACUUCUUGCUCAUUCAUUUUCAGUUCUCAUUUUGCUUCAAAACACAACUCAUUUCCUCUUUCUUUGACACAAGAUGGGUGAGAACGCUGCUACCAUGAACCACCCCCAACACCACCACCACCACUUCAACCACCAAGUCUUCGACAUCUCCAUUGAUGUGCCUACUCAAAACGGCUCCAAAUGCUUUGAUGAUGAUGGCCGCCUCAAACGAACUGGGACCAUAUGGACUGCAAGUUCCCACAUAAUCACUGCUGUGAUCGGCUCCGGAGUGCUGUCGUUGGCAUGGGCUAUAGCUCAACUUGGUUGGGUCGCCGGUCCUGCUGUCAUGUUCUUGUUCUCUUUUGUUACUUACUACACUUCAUCUCUUCUCACUGACUGCUAUCGGACUGGUGACCCCGUUUCCGGCAAAAGAAACUACAUUUACACGGACGCCGUUCACUCUAUUCUUGGUGGAGCAAAAGUCAAGGCUUGCGGGAUGGUUCAGUAUUUGAAUCUUUUUGGUAUUGCCAUUGGAUAUACCAUUGCAGCAUCUAUAAGCAUGAUGGCAAUCAAAAGGUCUAACUGUUUCCACGAGAGUGGUGGAAAGAACCCGUGUCAUUUGUCAAGCAAUCCAUAUAUGAUCUUGUUUGGAAUCAUGGAAAUUUUCCUUUCUCAGAUCCCAGAUUUUGAUCAAAUAUGGUGGCUCUCAAUUGUGGCUGCAGUUAUGUCUUUUACUUACUCUUCCAUUGGUCUUGGCCUCGGCAUUACCCAAGUCGCAGCAAACGGAGUUAUUAAGGGUAGUCUCACGGGAAUAAGCAUUGGAACUGUAACGCAAACGCAAAAGAUAUGGAGAAGUUUCCAAGCUCUUGGGGACAUCGCCUUUGCAUACUCAUAUUCAGUCAUCCUAAUUGAAAUUCAGGACACAGUAAAAUCCCCACCAGCAGAAUCAAAAACAAUGAAGGCGGCAGCCAAAUUAAGCAUUGCCGUCACAACAGCUUUCUAUAUGCUUUGUGGAUGCAUGGGCUAUGCCGCUUUUGGUGACUUUGCCCCUGGAAAUCUCCUCACUGGUUUUGGCUUUUAUAACCCAUUUUGGCUUCUUGAUAUCGCCAACGCCGCCAUUGUGGUCCACCUAGUUGGCGCAUAUCAAGUAUUUUGCCAGCCAAUAUUUGCCUUUAUUGAAAAACAAGCAACACAAAGAUGGCCCGAAAAUUACUUCAUCACAAAAGAAUUCAAAAUCCCAAUUCCAGGCUCGAGUGCUCCAUUCAAACUUAACCUCUUUAGAUUGGUCUGGAGAACGUGUUUUGUGAUCUUGACAACAAUUAUAUCAAUGUUGCUUCCAUUCUUCAAUGACGUUGUUGGAAUUCUUGGGGCACUUGGGUUUUGGCCUUUAACGGUUUAUUUUCCAGUGGAGAUGUAUAUUGCACAAAAGAAGAUACCCAAAUGGAGCACAAGAUGGAUAUGUCUCCAAAUUUUGAGCAUGGCUUGCCUGGUACUGUCGAUUGUGGCUGGUGCCGGUUCCAUUGCUGGUGUGAUGCUUGACCUUAAGGUUUACAAGCCAUUCAAAACAAGCUAUUAAUUGAUUAAAUCCACGGCUUAUAAAUAUAUAUAUAUAUCUUUUUACCAGGUUAAGUUUUCAAUUGUUGUAAGAAAAAGCAAAGGCCUAAAGGGGGUGCUGUUUAAUUUGGUGUGCGGUUCAUUUAUAGUUUUAACUUUAGUUGGAUUUGUUGUCGUUUUAGUAAUUGUUGUUUCAACUUUCAAGAGUCAAAAAGGAUAACUUGGGAUGUAAAUUA